GACUUUAAAAAAAGGAGCGUUCACAACUCUAGUCCGUCAACUUGGCAAGACUGAGGAAUCCUGCGCUGAGCCAUGGGUCAGAUCGUAAGCUCCAUGCAUAUGAACGCAGCGGAGGUUUUAAGCAAUCGGCGGAAACGGAAGCGAAGCACGGACUCCUCGCUGGUCAAGGAUGAGCAGACCCAGCUGGACACCACGCAACCCAAGAUGAGGAAAAAGCUUCUUACCACCACACAUUACAUAUACAAGACACUCUUUAAGGAGGAAAAAAACUCUGAUGUGGCUGUCAAGGCUCUGGAUAAAGUGUGGCACCUGCACAAGGUCUACCUGAGCCAGAGUCCCUACUUCUACAGAAUGUUCAACGGGAGUUGGCAGGAGGCGCAACCGAACUUUAUUGAGAUCACGAUCCUAGACAAACAGAUAACCGUUGCCAGCCUGGACGCCGUCUUUGGAUCUAUGUACUCCGAUGAGAUCCAGAUUAUGUUAGCGGACGUGAUCUCGGUGCUGGCCACGGCCAAGCUCUUCCACUUGGACGGGAUCAUCGACAAGUGUGCCGCGGUGAUGGUGGACGACAUCAGCCCGGAGACGGCCAUCCACUACUACGAUCUCGCCUUCCAAUACGGUGUGGGUGCUUUAAAGAAGUCCACCUUCGAGUGGUUUCAGAUUAACCUGCCAGGCAUCUACAGUAAGCAGCCGAGUCUGUUGCGGCACAUCUCUAUCGACCUGAUGAGUGCGCUGACCGCCAGCCCCGAUUUGUAUUUGAUGCCGACGGAGUUCGCGCUAUACAAAUUACUGCGCACCUGGAUGUUCCUGUGCCUGCAUCCCGACUACGAUCCAGAGGACCGCGUGCAGCGGGCGGAUGCGGUGGGGGCGCAGGAGCUCUUGGUCAAUGCCGGCGUGGAAACGCACAGCGGAGAUGUCAUCCAGUGGGCAUACUUCACCAGGGGCACGAAGGAGCGCUCGUUCCUGGCAACACCCGAGGGGCAGCCGUAUAUUAAGGUCUUCCAAAAGCUUCGAACCCAGUACCUGACCAUUCAAUACAUAAACCUUAAAAUCAUCUUCAAUGAUAACAUCAUACCCAAGGAGUGGCUUUACAGGCACAUCCACAACCAUUGGGACGCCCUACUGCGGAUCGAUCACGGUCAAGAGGAUUCCAUUCCCCAGCAGCUGAACGACGAGCAAUUCUUUGAGAGUUGCAUGCGAUGUGGACGUAUGUUGCUUGAGCCUGGCUUUCACAUGUGGCGAUGGUCGGGCUUCAACUACGGCAUGGAGCUUAUACUGCUAAUGGACAACAACACCCGCAGUCUGAACAUUCGUCGUAAUCAUCAAGGCUUCGACCGGGUGCUCAGCCUGCACCCGAAGCGCAAGUUAAUGGUGCGCACCACAGUGACCUCGGUUAACGCCCGGCGACAGCCAGUCUUCACUCAGACGUCUGGGAUCUGUUCCAUAAGCCUCCAGAAGGACGAGGAUGUACCGCUGAUGGUGCUUGACCCGAAGCUGGUACACCCAUUGCUUAUUUCUGUUAAUAUGCUGGUGGCGAUGCCGCCGAAUCCGUUCCUUAAGGAUAUUGUGCCGCUCAGCGAGGAGGCGACAUCGUCGUUGUCAAUACCCAAUUUAUAGAUCGAAGCGAACAGCGGAAGUCUCCAUUGGCGACUCGGAGCCCCUCAGUGCCAUCCUCGUUGGCUCCGCGACCAAGGAUCGUUAGCUGAGCACGAUCAUCGAAGGAGUCGACCAUUACCAGUACAACCAUUACCACCAUUUUUUGUUCAUUUACUCGCUGCGGCCGGCUUCGUUGUUCUAAUCGUAAAUCCGGUUUUUUAUCAAUCUUAUCAAGACGUUUGUACUUGUAAUUAACAAAAACAUAUACGGGAUCGUGUUUGUAUACGCAAAUAUAUAUUUUUGUAUAUCGUUUA